AUGGCGACUCCUCAAACCCAAACAGCAGCGGUCAUCACACCCACAACUCCUGCCUCCUCAAAGGUGGAAGUCCGAAGCAAUCACCCCCUUCCAAUACCAGGAAAGGGAGAAAUCCUCGUGAAACUGGAGUUCUCUGGAGUGUGCCAUUCAGACUUGCACAGUAUCCGUGGCGACACGCCUAUGUUGACCGACGUGGCUGGUCAUGAAGGUGUUGGGAAGGUCAUUGGAGUCGGUCCAGAGAUUGACGAGAAGCAAUGGAUUGGAACGCGUGUGGGAAUCAGGUGGCUCUAUAGUUCUUGUCGACAGUGCGAGAUUUGCGAGAUCAACCAUACUGCGUGUCCGUAUCAGAAGAACGCCGGUGCUAAUGUACCUGGCACUUUCCAGCAAUAUAUCGUCAGCCCAGCGCGCCACGUGACAAAGAUCCCGGAGCAGCUAUCUCCCGAUAGUGCAGCGCCCCUUCUAUGUGCUGGGAUUGCUAUGUACUCUUCCAUCAUGAAGACCAAAACUCGCUCGGGAAACUAUCUAGCAAUCCUCGGUGCUGGAGGUGGUCUGGGGCACAUGGGAAUCCAAAUUGCCGCCAAGAAGGGACUCAAAGUUAUUGCGAUUGACAGCGGAAAAAAGAAAAAGCAACUCUGUCUCUCACUAGGCGCCACAGAGUUCCUAGACUUCCGAGAAGUCGACAUCGUGCAAGCAGUGAAAUCUAUCACUAACUUCGGCGUUCACGCUGUCAUUUGCACAGCGAACGGCGAGCGAGCCUACGAGCAAAGCAUGCAGAUGCUCCGGCCACUUGGGACGCUGGUUUGUGUUGGUAUCCCGAACAAGCCGUUCAAAUUACCAGCUACUCCGUUGGAUAUGAUUGUCAAGGGACUCACCAUUGUCGGCAAUUCAGCAGGUACGGCAGAGGAAAUGGAUGAGGUUUUGGCAAUGGCAGUUGCUGGUGAUGUUAAGGCGCACAUUGAUGUCUUUGGCUUGGAAGAGAUCAAUGAUGUGUUGGAUCGUUUGGAGCGCUCGGAGAUCGAUGGUAGAGUUGUUUUGAAGAUUCCUGAAUAG